AUGGUCGAGAAUUUUGUUCGUAAGAAUGUUUUUUUGAUAACUAUGCUGAACUUUGUUGUUGAUAAUGAGAGAAUGAGAAUGUGUUAUAAUUGCCUUCAAAAGCGACUUGGAGAGUUAGAGAAAGAACAAGAAAAUAGCAAAGAAGAACAAUUAGAGCAAGAUAUAGCCAAUUUAGAAAACAAAUCUAAUCGGGAUGAAUUAGAUGAAGAGCAUUUGGUUCAAAAAAAAGAAUGGUUAGCAGAAAUAAAGGGUUUGCAAAAUGAAUUUUCGGAAGAAAAACCACAAUCUCUCUAA